UUUUUCAAUUUUACUGAGACAGACAGCUCGUGUAAGAGACUCAAGAUUUUUCCAAUAUUGGAAACUUCAGUCUGAAUGCUAGAAGAUCCUCCCUUAAUGAACCACAUUUACCUUAAUGAACCACAUUUAUGUGAAAGGGCCCACUGACUUGCCCACUCGCUUGUCACAUACAUACACACAAAGCCCCUUAAAGAGAGUAGGUGGGGGGUUUACUGUGCUUACAGGAGACAACAGCUGAGAAGCAUCAGUCUAUUUUUGUUCUCCCCUCAUUUCAGUCUCUCAGAAGGAGGUGCGAUCAUUAUGGGGUGCCUGAGAAUCUGAGAUCACACGAAAGGGAUGACAGUCCCUUAUUUAGUUGCCUUAACCCAUGUUUGUGGAGAACAGCCUGGAACUACACAGGAUGGAUCUACUGAUCCACAAAGCUUGAAUCUCUGAAUCUUUGUUCACUCUGGGAUACUGUUUAAUCACUGUCCCCUGAACUCAACUGAAGGGGGUCAAAUGGUCAGUGAGUGGAGAUAGCUGCAGUCGUAAAUGCCUCAGUUUUAAGUACACUGGAACUUUUCAACUGUAUGGACUGUAUGGCUGUUUACACAAAUUACACAUGAUGGGAUUUAAAGGCUAAAUAUGUUAUCCUUUAGACUACAUCCCUUCAAAUUUUAGGUAAGAAAUACUUAAGUGAAAAGAAAUAGAUUUAAGAUUUUUCCACAAGCAUGAUAUCCGCUUAGUGUGGAGGAGGCUUUGAAACAUCAUUUUCAUUUUUUUUUUUUGGCGGGGUGGAGGGGUUCUGGGAAAACUCAUGAUCUCAUUAUUGCAAAAAAAAAUAAAAAAAAUAAAUAUAAAGUGCUGCUGCAUCUUCCAGCCAAAGUGAAACAAAGCUGUCGAAUAUUACAAUAGCAGCCUAUUGAUAAAGUACAUGGGUGAAGAUACCGAUUUCACAGUUGGAGAUAAAGUGAGCAGAGAAGUUAGAAAAUGUGCGAGAAAUGGUGUGAAACGCGCCGCAGCUCAUCGCGAAGGUGCCCAUCUCUGUGACCUGCCUGCAGUCAAGUGUGUGAGGAUUUGACAAGAGCAGCCUGCAGCGCGCAGUAGUCCACAACUUGUUACCUCUGAGUUUCCAGAAAAGCCCCUCCUAGGACAGACCCCUCUGCUUGAGCGUCACUCGAAGUUCACUUCAGUCCAGUCCCCUUUUCCUAAGCUCAGAUACACACACACACACACACACACACACACACACACACACACACACACACACACACACACACACACACACACACACACACACACACACACUGUCAUCCACAAACACAUUUCCCACAGCGCCAGACGCCUUUUUCCAAACACUCCGCCUGCCGCUUUCCCGGCGCUACUUUUCAUUCCAGGUCCCGCACAAGAAGGAGAUCUGAAGACCUGUUGGAUGUUACUAAGACAAUUUUUCUUUUGUUCGUUUGUUUUAAAAUUUGUUGCACGAAGUUGACAAAAGUGUUUGCCAACUACUUUUCACGUUUUCUCUUCUGUGACAUCAGAGGUGACAACUUUUUUUUUUUAAGGGGUGGGGAGGAAUAUUUCUUGGCAGUUCAACAAUCUCGGAUCUCAUGAGUGAAUAAACCGGUUAAUUGCUUAUCAAAUCUCCCGAACGACGCCGUUGGAUUAAAAUCAGGAUUUUCACGGGCAAAAUGAAUAAUUCCGUGAAAUAACUCUGUCCUCUGGACCAAAGGAUUUCAAGUGAUAAUCUCAGUGUAGCUUCUCGACUGGCAGAAGUGAAGAUGUAUCGCAGUGUGUGUGUGCCUGCGGCUCUCCUGGUGCUGACACUUGUGGUCCCCGGUGCCCUGUCCUGUCCCAGGAGCUGUAACUGCUACCAGGCCAGCGAAGUCCACUGCACCUUUCGCUCCCUGCUCACUAUUCCUCCUGGCCUGCCUGCACAUACACAACGCAUAAACUUAGGGUUCAACAGCAUCAGCAGGAUCCAUGACAGUUCACUGGCUGGGCUAAAGAAGGUGGAACUUCUCAUGCUCCACAGCAAUGACAUCCACCAUCUCCCGGACGCAAUAUUCAAAGACAUGAAAUCACUGCAGAUACUAAAGCUGAGCUAUAACAAGCUGAGAGAGAUCUCUUCAUCUCUGACCUUCUCUGGCCUGACCUCGCUGCUGCGUCUGUACUUGGAUCACAACCUCCUCCAACAUAUCCAUCCCCGAGCCCUGCUCCAGCUGCCUAGCCUCAGGCUGCUACGUCUGCAAGGGAACAGGCUGCAUCAGCUGCACCCUCACACUCUGUGCACACUGUCCCUCCUGAAUACAUAUUACUUCUCUACACUCAGACACCUCGACCUGUCCAACAACAGCCUAACCACACUGCCCAAAGACACCUUGGCGACAGCUCCUCUGCUUGAGACUCUCGUGCUGCAGGCUAAUCCGUGGAGUUGCGACUGCAGGAUGAGCUGGUUUCUCUCUUGGAGUUUGGCUCACCCAGGCUUAAUGAAAUGUCCAGGUGGUCCUCAGUGUCCAACCUGCACGUCGCCCAAUUCCCUUCAAGGGCAGGGCUUGCUUGAUCAGACUGACCUAUCGUGCGCCUCACCCGUCAUCCUCUCCCCGGGAAGAAAAACACCUUUGGAGACGGAACACGGUGAAAUCCAAUCAAGGGAAACCUUCAGAGAGCCUUUAGGCAGUGCCUCUGUGGGUCUAUCUGACCUACAAGGGAACAGUGUUGAUCUGAGCUGCAACGUCACUCACUCUUUUGACUCUCAGGAUAUCGCUCCUCCUCCAGAUCUCUCUCUUUCCUCCUCUUCUCCUAUCCCUCUAGCUCUGUCGCUCUCACUGGAGUGCCCUGUGGACAGAGAGAGCUACGAGCAACUUUGGAGGAUCCUGGCUUACUACAGUGAGACUGCGGUCCGCCUCGAGAGGGAAAUCAUGCUGGGUAAAGCCCCGGCGCUGGCCUACCGCUACAGGCAGGCAGCAGAGACAGAUGGAUAUUAUCACACUGGAGUCAAAGCUUCUGUUAAAGUCAGACCGCAGUGGUUACUACAGCCGGCUAUUAGCAUCCAGCUAAACAGAGCGCAGUCUAAUGGAAACAAAGUUCACCUUAUAUACUCAACAAGAGUCUCUGCUCAUCCUGGCCCGACGUCUUAUCCCUCCACAUCCUCCCCUGCUUCUCACCCAUGGGUUCUGAUUUCAACUAGUCAGUCCACCACAGCAAUGGCAGCAGUAUCAGGCAGUAAGGUGGAGCUCUCCUGCCCUCAUAUAAGUUCGGGUAACGCUAAAGUACAGUGGAUUUUCCCGGAUGGAUCAAAGCUCAACUCCCCCUCCAGCAGCCCGGAUGGUCGGCUCCGAGCCUCAGCCUCGGGUUUACUUCUACAAAAAGUACAGCUCUCAGACGCUGGGCUUUACUACUAUGUAGCCCAGGCUGGCAGGGAUGUAGAUGUUCUCCCUGUGCGCCUGGCAGUGGAGGAGUCGUCUGUACCUCCUUCAGGAGAGGAAGUGGGACCUCCUGUCACCGGAGGAGUUAGGGAGCCCAUCAGUCUGUCCUGCAAGGCAUCUGGUUCACCGGCACCUCAUAUGAGUUGGGUGCUGCCAGAUGGAAAUAUAAUACGGUCUGGAUUAUUUGUAUCAGGUGGACUCACCUUAACGCCGAAUGGGAGCCUGUCUCUGUCCAACCCUUCUCUGAGGGAUGCUGGUCAUUACCGCUGCAUUGCGGUCAACCAUUAUGGCAGUGACUCUCUGUCCAUGCAGUUGGAAUUAAAACCACAACAUCCGCCUCCACUUAGAACUUCGUUUCCCAGAGGGCCACAGUCAGCCGCAGGUCGGUCAACCAAGAUUCGAGCCCCUUUACUACGUCAGAUGGAGGAAGGAUCAGGGGAUGAAGAGGAAGGAGAGGAGAGAACUCUUUCUGGCAAUAGGAGGCGUCCAGGACUUCGCCAACCUCUCCCUAACAGACGUUAUCCAAAUGGAAAUCCCCGAAGACGUGGGCCUGUGAGAGAAGGCCCCCUGAGAAGAGGAGGAGGGCCUGUAUCCUCCACUGACCAGAGAAGAAACCGCUUUGAAAACAGACACAGAGUGACCACAAACAAACAAAGAAUAGACCCUGAGAAAUGGGCUCACCUACUAGCUAAGAUUCGUCAAAAGACUCACACUAAUAACAGCCAGCCCAUCACAGCAGGAAGUCCCACAGCUGAACCGGUGGGGAGAGGCAGAGAUGGAGACGCAGCAAGAGAGGAGCGAGUGGAUGAUACAGAGAGAGGUAGGGCUGAGGGAGCGGGGGUGGAGGCAGAAACUGAAGGGUCAUCUGUUGAUGACACUGUUCUACAAGAGGAAGGCCUACAGCCCAUCCAUCCUGUUCUCACUGAGACACAGACACCCCCAGAGACAAAAACAGACACAGAGAUAGAGAGAGGGACAGAGAGGCCAACAGAAACACAAACAGACAAAGAGAGUCAGAACCCAGGUCCACAGACGCAGACAGUGACAAAUCCAGAGGCACAGAAAGAACCAGAUGAAUCUAGGCCAAACACUGGAGCUAAUGAAAUUGUGCCAGAACCAGCUGAAGGAGACGGCCGAGGAGCAAACCAAAACCCAUCCAGACCCAGGCCUCAGAACCCGCGGCAGGGCCUCUUACCUAAUUUGGUUCCAAACUCUCGACCUCAAAGCCCUUGGAACUCUCGCAGGAGGAUCGGACAGCAAAGACGAAUCAUCAACAGGCCCAGGGUGCAGCCUUUGACCCCACCCCGACCUCUCCCUGACCCUACAAAGCAGAGGUCACAAACCGUAACACCUGACACUACCACAGAUAAAAGUAAUAUGUUGCUGCUGGUGACAACAACCACAUCUCAAGCUAUUUUGUGGACAAGGAAUGACCAUAUUAAGACUGCUCCAAAUGGUGUGGCACUGAAUCCUCUAUCUCAUGGUAUCUCCACCUCAGAAUCUGCCUCCACCUCUGACACCUCCUCCACCUCAUUAUCUCCCUCUCACACAGAGACGCAUAUAGACACGAUGACUCACUCAGCCGACAUCCCGGACACUGCAGAGUCCGAUCGCUCCAGCGCAGCCACACCAGCGUCCACCCAGUCUAAUGUUGUGAUUUCACAGACACAUGUGCCAGACACGCACACCAAGACACAUGGCAUACAGACACAGACAAAAACACGCACGGCCACAGGCAAAGAUGUUGAUAGACCCCUAAGCAGACACAGUGAGGAGCAGGACAGGAAUUUGCCGGGCGUACCAUAUGAACCACACUCCACCGCUCUCCCUUCCACUCAAACCUCCGUUAUUCCCUCCACAGUCUCCAGUGCAGCUACAGCCACAACUGCAAAAAUCGCAACAGCUCCUUCAACCACUACUCAUUUAACUAGUUCUGGUGGAAGCACUGCGAGUACAUCUACAUCUACUACUACAACUAGUGAGGAGACACUUCCCACAACAACUACUCCUAUGACAACAUAUCCAAUCACGCCUACUACAACUGCCAUUAUUAUUCCAACUUCUAGCACAACUAGAAGUACUACAACUACUCCUACCUCUACUACAACCACCUCAACUCCUAUUCUUACAUCUACUACUCCCAUUACCACUACUACUUCAACAACUGCUUUUACUACUACUACUGCUGCUGCUACUAGUACUAAAAUCUCAUUCAAAGCUAUUCCUACAACUCCUAACCCCACUACUACAACUGCUGCUGCUACUAGUACUAAAAUCUCAUUCAAAGCUAUUCCUACAACUCCUAACCCCACUACUACAACUACUACUCCUACUACGAGUACUAGAAUGAGCACCGUAGCUGAAACUUCUUCAACCACCACUAGAGCAUCUACUUCUAUUACACCCACUACUACUACCACAACAGUGACAUCAACAACUACCAGAGUGUCAUCCAGAGAGAGGCCAAACUUUGGCCAAGUUGACCCCCGAUGGAGGCCUGUUUCUGGGGCUCCAAACCAGGGUCGCUCACCUCCUGACUGGAAGAACCCUGGAGCUAAUUCUAUUCCUGAUUCACACAGCAGCAGGCCACGAUGGUCUCCCUCCCCUUCGCUCCCUGCUGUCCCUGGGGCCCCAGUUGUGAGAUCCAGACCAAGAAUUGCAGACCCACACAUCAGGACAGCGUCGUUCCCAGCAGAAAGCACUGCCAGGCUGGCUUGUGAAGCUCAAGGAGAACCGAAACCCUCCAUCACAUGGACCAAAGUUGCCACAGGAGCAGUGAUGUCAUUCCACUCCAAGGCUCAGCGUUUUGAGGUCUUGGCAAAUGGCACCCUUGUUAUCCAGAAUGUUCAGCUGCAGGACAGGGGCACAUACAUCUGCAGUGCCCAGAGCUUCCUGGGCCGUGACAGGUUGCUAGCUACCCUGGAAGUGUGGACCCGCCCCCCUCGGAUGCAGCUGCCGAGUUACAGAGAAGACACCAUCCAUCAGGGCGGAGAGCUGCUCCUGCAGUGCCAGGCGGAUGGCGUCCCUGCCCCUCUGCUGUCUUGGGUUCUGCCUGAUCGUUCUGCCCUGACGUCCGCGGCCCCCUCUGCCGAUCGCAUCUUUAUGGACACAAAUGGAACCCUCCAUAUCUCAGUGACUUUACCGAGUGACAGAGGAAUGUAUCGCUGUGUGGCCUCCAACUCGGCAGGUGCUGCCAGUGCCUCUGUGCGUGUACACGUGUCCUCGUUGCCCCCGGUGAUACAACAACCCAGAGAGGAACACCUGCUUUUGUCUCCAGGGAGGCCUGUUUAUGCUCACUGCUCUGCCCGAGGUGCUCCACCACCAACUCUGCGCUGGCGAAUCCCAGAUGGGACUCUGGUUCGCCCAUCCCAGUUUCUCCAUGGCAACCUCUUUGUCUUGCCCAAUGGGACGCUCCAUAUUCGAAGAGUUGGGUCAAAGGACUCAGGGAGUUAUGAGUGCACCGCAAGUAAUGCUGUUGGAGCCGAUAAGAGAACAGUCAGGGUAGAAAUUGAAGGGGGAGCAGGAAAAGAAGAGGGAAAAGCAGUUCCUACUGAAAAACCAUACCCUUCAUAUUCACUGAAUAAAGACAGAGCUUUGUCCGUCCCUAAACACCCAGCAAAUCCAUUCAACUCCCCUAAACUUUCCCCUCCAUUGCUCUCUGAUAGAUCCAGGACCUUGCCACUAACCCCGAGCUUCACUCGCUCUUCUCCCUACCCUCACCAAUCCACUGACACUAACUCACUGCCUAAAAUCAAUAAAACAGUCACUGCCUCCCCCGCACACUUUACCGACACCAACAAAACAAAACUUUCCACUCCCUCCCUGCCCCCCACAGUGCCCACAAAUAACACCAAAGUCUCACCCAGUGUUGUAAACAACACAAGAGUUACUUCUUCUUCCCCCUCCGACAAAAGUAAAGUUCCAGCUGUUUUGCAUCCCUUGCCCGUCUCCCCCUUCAGUAAAGCCCGUAUUGUCUCUACAUCACCCUCCGUCACUACUGUCCGCUAUGGGGGGAUUUUGCAGCUCCACUGCUCUGUUACUGGCAACCCUACCCCCAUCAUUAUUUGGAGGACCCCUACGAGGAAACUGGUGGACAUGCACUUCAGUUUUGACCGUCGCCUGAAGGUGCAUCCUAAUGGCACCCUGUCAGCCCAGGCAGUGACGGAGAAGGAUGCUGGAGACUACCUCUGUAUCGCGCGCAACAAGGUCGCAGAUGAUUAUCGCCUGCUGCGUGUCUCUGUGACUACCAAGCCUGCCAAGAUCGAGCCAAAACAACCACUCAAUCAGAUGGUGUCACUCGGCAAGCCACUGAAGGUGGACUGCCAGGCAUCAGGACUGCCUGACCCAGCUGUUCACUGGAGUCUACCAGACGGAACCAUGGUGAACAGUGUGUUGCAGGGGGAGGACAGGGGAGGGCGAGCAAGGAGGCUAACUGUGUUUGACAAUGGGACCUUACUGGUUCCAGCCGUGGGUAUGGGGGAAGAAGGGGAAUAUACGUGUUAUGCUGAAAAUCAAGGAGGUCAAGACACCAUGAAGGUCAAAGUGAAGGUCAUGAUGACAUCUCCACCAACCUUCACAGACGACGGAAGCUACCGCGUCAUCAAAAUACGUCAGGGGGCAACCGCCACAAUUCACUGCCGGGCUGCAGGAGAUCCUGCCCCAACAGUGACAUGGUUCUCCCCAGCCCGCCGUGUCAUUCCACGAAGCAUGGGCUCUGGUUAUUAUUCUGAGAGAGUUGUGGUGGUUUCCGGUGGAACUCUGGAGGUCCGUCUGGCUCAAAAGAUUGACACAGGAAACUACACAUGCCGGGUAAGCAACUCAGCUGGGGAGAGGAGCAUGGCGGUGGGCCUGGAGGUGGAGGCUCCUAACCAUGGAGUGAGUGGUCAGGUGGGAGGAAGAAGUACUAGCAAUGGGUCUGGUGGUAGUAGAUUAGGGGACAACAUGAAUAAUGCAGGAAUAGUCCAGUAUGGAUUUAUCAAUGGAGCCUCAAGCAAGCUCGGUAGCAAUAACAGCAGCAGUAAUGGCUAUAGUGAUAAUAAUGGCAGGAUAAGAAACAUCGAACCAAACACUGGCAUUCACACAGCAACCAGUGCCUCUAAUCCUGCCCUAAGGAGUGAAAGUCGAAAUGGAUUCAACAGACCUGUCAGUGGGAUUACAACCCAACUUGGCAGGAGUGUAAUCAGUGUUGGGGUGAGCGGGGUGAGCAAUAUAGGCUUUAAAGCAGACAACACUGGGAUAAAUAGAAAUGGACCUGGCAUUGUGCGUAGUAGUAGUAAUAGUGUGGGUAACAGUCACAGCACAGGAGCAAGUGUCGGAAAGAUUUCUGGGACUAAUAACAAUGAAGUCAUAGCAGGAAGGGCUAGUAAUGAUGCUAACACCAGUAGAGAUAAUGGGAGGAUAAGUGGUACUUGGAAUGUUGGCGUUAGCAGCAGCGUGUCUAAUAGUGGAGCUGGCACAGGAAAUUGGUUCCCUCGGAGUGGUGUCAAUGUAGCUGUGCCCAAUGAUGACAGAAGGAGUAGUGGUGGCAUAGCUGUUAGUAAUAGAGGUACUAAAAACUCUACUAACACAUUUGUGGGUGUGGUAACAACAGUGAAGCAGCGAGCGGUCAAAGGCCGAACUGUUCUUUUGCCGUGUCCCUCCCAAGGCUCCCCUCUCCCUCGUCUGGCCUGGCUUCUGCCCGGUAACGGAGUGUUGCCAGCUCCUUACUACGGCAGUCGACUCACUGUGCACCGAAACGGCUCCUUGGAGCUGCGGGGUGUGCGAGCGAGUGACGCUGGGACAUUGGUUUGUGUAGUGAGAGGUGAGAGAGGAGAGACGAGGAUACAGGUGGAGCUGGAGGUCUCUGAGGCGCAGGAGGAGGCCAGAUCUCCACACAGGGGAACAGCUGUGGAAAGACCUGAGCAGAAAAAUGCUGGAGCCUCAGAUAAGUCCUCCAGCUCAGUGUCGCCUGAGAAGCUUCAUCCAAGAAUCCCAGUUACUCAAAAGCCUCUGCAGAGGGGCCUGAGCUUACCUGCCCCACCUCGCCCUGUUGGUCCUCAACCCCACUCAGCUGGAACUGUGUCAGAGCCAGCAGUGAGCACCAGAACAGCCUCCUUGGUGAGCAUCAUCAACGGAGAGACCCUUCGCCUGCCUUGCCCUGCUCCUCAAACAGGAUACACCCAGGGCUCUCUCUCGUGGACCAUGCCCAGCGGCAAGGUGCUGUCACGGGGUGAGAGUGCCGACUCGGAGCGAAUCUUAGUCCAAGAGGAUGGAACAUUAAAAGUGCAACAGGCCUCUGUGUUCGAUCGAGGCACCUACACUUGCAGAUCCACCAGUUAUGACUCGACCUCAGUUUCAGUCAUCACAGUUCCCGUCAUCGUCAUCGCCUACCCCCCGCGGAUCACAAAAGGUCCCUCCCCUGUGACCUAUACACGGCCGGGAGUUGCUGUAGAGCUGCCCUGCCUGACCAUAGCGACACCGCGGGCGACAGUGACCUGGGAAACACCAGACCUGACACAGCUGAAGGUGAUGGGGCAGGCUCGUAUCUAUGGCAACCGCUACCUUAGUCCUCAGGGCUCCUUGGUGAUACAGAACCCGACAAGUAGGGACACUGGGUUUUACAGAUGCACAGCCAAAAAUGUAAUAGGAGUGGACACAAAGGCGACCUAUCUGCAUGUUAUAUAAUGAGGUGAAGCAAAGACACACACACACACACACACACACACACACACACACCCCAAACACAAACACACACACACACACACACACACACACACACACACACACACACACACACACACACACACACACACACACACACACACACACACACGCACACAGUAGAAAGACAGAGACCCCACCAGUCUUCUAUACUGGUGAAUGAACUCCUCUGCUGUCCCUCAUGCCCAAAGGAACUGCAAGGCUCCGUGCAGGAGAUACUGUUGAAUCUCAGAAAAGACACUACUAAUAUACAGUGUAUGUCUUGUGUUUUUUUUUUUUUUUAAAGUAUGACUUUCCUAUUCCGUCUUGUGUUUAUAUCAGGAGUUGUAGGAUUCUCCGCAGAGUAAGAGUCAUGCCUUUGUCUCUGCAUGAACAACGUGUUUAAGGAGAAUUGUUGGUGGUACACACUUAACCUGUUGUGCUCUUCUUGUCAGUCUGUCAGCAUAAAACAUUAUAUGAAGUUAAAUAAAAUAAACAACAGAUGUAAGAUUGCUGCAAAAAUGUAAAUACCCACAUCUGUUUAAGUGGAAAAUCAGUUUUGCAACACUGGUUUUGUUUUCCUGCCUUGUCUUAAAAAUUCAGGACCAGGCAAAGUGGACAAACAAUCCAAAAACAUGACUUUUACGUCUGUGUAUAAACUACUAAAGUUUUCAUCAUGUCAAAACCCUGCAGUUUUCAUGGUUUUAUACCUUGUGAAUGAUUAUGUGAUCAUUCUUCCAUUUUCCUCUAUUUUUCAUUUUGCUCAAUAAUAGCUGCACGCAAUAAUACAAAAGCCUAAAAAACAAAGGGGCUUCACUUGGAUUCAUUACUUUACUAUGCAUUUGUACACUAACAUUGAACUACAGUGUAAUGUACAAUACAGUAUGUCUUUGGGUCACUGAAUAAUAAUACAUCAUCACACGAAGAGGCGGAUUGUGUACAUUAGAUCACAUAAUAUGAUCCUCUUGAUAUAAAAUCAUCUUUUUUUUUUUCAAAUGCUGCAAAUUGGAAUUGAAUUUACAAAAAUACACUCAGAUUAAUACUUAUUAACUAUUUAAGUACUUUUUGCAUUUUUAAUUUAUAAACUACAUAUCUCAAAAAGGUUCUAUGUUGUUGUUGUGGUGCAUACGUAGCAAACAUUAACUUAAAUUGGCCGCCUUAUUAUCAUUGUACAUGACAUUAAAUCUGUGACGCACAUGAUGACGGAGGACUUCAGCAUUAUGAUCCACCAAAACUUCUUCAGGACUUUGUGAAAACUCUUCUCGUCACUGCUCUACCACCAUCGACUGUAUCUCACAUUCUGACUGUAUUACUUUGGCCUAAUGAGAUGCGGUACAAAGCUUUUGUGUUAACGCAAUAGCCAAUUAUUUUACGAGUGAUUGUUUUUAUAUACAGAUUGUAUAAACGCGCGUGUGAUUCAAGAGCCUGCCCUUAGUUUGUGCACAGAGCGGGUAGUUCAUAGUCAUCCUUAAUCUUUCCUUUGAUGUUUUCAUUUUUGUCAUUAAAUUAUUUGUCUUGUAAAGACUCUGUUGUAAGACACCAGUGUUUUGUCAUAAAAGGAGAAAGUAUUAAAUAUUAUUAUGUUAUGUUUGAUGUCUCACUAGCAUUGAUGAUUGCCUGCUAUAUUUUUAACGGCUUCAUUUUAUAAAUAAAAAUGGAAAAGAA